AGGAGUGGUAGGAUCCCCAGCCUCAUUGUGGACGAGGCGAAUGUGGCGCUACCUGGACUAGAUAACGUUCCGAAUACAGCGGCCAAGUCAGCUCUAGCGGCCAUCACAAAAUGGACCAAGCAGACAAACCUAGCAAGUGUAAUGUUGAUAUCUUCAGACUUUGGCUACCCGUUUCGUUUGCUGGCAAGUGGCUUGGACUUGAGCACCAUCAGCAAAGUCAUUGUCAUUGGGGAAGUACCAGAGGUUUCCAUGCUAAAGAUGCUGAAAGAUGAUUGGGGCAUGGAUACAGACUUGGCAGAGAUGUUCUACAACUACUUUGGCGGCGACAUUUACACCACCAAGAAGGCUUUGGACAGCCUCAUGGAGAAGAAGGAUAACUUCGACCCCUUUGCAGUUGUGCGAUGUCCCGGGCUGCCUUCGUGUGUGGAAGAUGCAGCGGCGAGGGCUCACCUUGAGAACAUCGCUAAGCAAGGCUUCUCUUUGGUGAAGAAUGUGGAGACAGACGGAGGUGCAAAAAUGAUUGCGGAGAAGAACGUGGGCGGGGUCAUCGACAAGGAUGCCAUCACCUUCGGUUUACCCACCAUCUUCACUGGCGCAGACACGGAAUGGGCUGUCAUCCCCUCGUCUUAUCAUAUGAAGCUGCUGAUUGCCCGUAAGCUCCAACAAAUUCCUUUGCCAACAUCAGGUGGCACUGCGACUGCACCACCAGCUGUUUGGGUGAGACAAAUCCGCAAGGACGACAGCGGUGGCUUUGAGUUCGUCGGCAAUGCAUUUCAAGUCAAGGAUAAGGACGUGCAGAACAUAGACGAUCCAAAAAAAGUGAUUGAAACCGCAGAAAAGCUAUCCAUCGCACCUUCCAAGAUAGAAAUAUACAGCCAAGAGGAUGGCAAAUGGAGCAAGGAAGGGAAGAUGAGUGCACCUCUUCGUGAUAAUGAUGAAGACGCUCCUUAUGGCUACAUUGUGCCAUAGAGGUCGGACUGCUGUGGAUACCUCAUUCCGUAGAGGCUGGCUUGCGAGCAACGUGUGCAGUGUGGCAAUGCUUUUGUAGGGAAAUGGUGCAUCGAGAAGCAGUUUUGCUUUGUGAGGCUCUUGGCGACCUGACUGUGAGCAGACAGUUUCACUAUCAAAUUGUGACUUUCUUUUGCUCCGCGCAUGUGCGUCUUCUCCAUUGUAAGAUGCGUAUAUAUAAUAUGUUUUGUUGUGGCAAGCUUUGCACUUUGGUUUUGUGAUUGUGCGAUUUUUACUUUCUAUUCCUUUAACGGAUGAUGAUACUAAGAUACAAAGGCGGCGUAUUAAACUGGGAAACAACGAGUUGUAGAGGCAACUUGCCACAAACGAUCGGUGAGCAGCUGGUACAGAAGCCACAGAGCUGGUCAGCACAGAGUUUCACCCAAAUGAAGCAACGCCAAAAACGGAGUGGCAA